UUGAGUUCCUUGUUGGUGGUAGGAAACGACGACGUUUCCAGUGGACUUUGGUUUCAAUGUCCGAACCAAUAUAAAAACAGAGAAAAGCGCUUCGAAAAUAUGAAAGGCUUAGAAAUGGUGGUGACGUCUUUCUCUUCACCGCCGCCUAUCUUCUUCUCCCUUGGAGGUGAUCCUCAGAUUUCUUCUUCCAAUGGCCGCUUCGCGAUUCCUUCAUCUCUCUCUUCCUAUUAUCUCAUAAAGGGACUAAGAAGACACCAAGAUGCAAAGCUGGUGGGAAGCAGAGCCAGAGGUGGAGCAGUUCGUGUCCUAGCAAACCCAAGUGCAUCUCCUACUCCAGGGAAAGUAAAGGCAAAAAAAGUGGUAAUUAUGGUAGAUCCUCUGGAGGCCAAACGGUUAGUAGGAAAGGAAAUGGAAGAGAUAAAAGGCAGAGGGAAGCAACAGAGAAGGCGUGAGAUAGAGGCGAUAAACGGAGCAUGGGCGAUCAUUGGGCUCUUGAUAGGGCUUGUGAUCGAAGCCCAGACAGGGAAGGGCAUUGUCGCUCAGUUGGCUGGUUAUUGGUCUGCGGUUGUGCAUCUAUUCAUUCCAUCAACACAGAAUCUCCCACAGUUGACAAAAACCCCUUUGAUUGUCUUGCUGAGUAUUAUUCUCCACAGUGGAAAUACCGAAGCUAGGAUAACCAGAAAAAUGAUGUCAAAGCUGUCUCUUUUCCGAGGCAAUUCUCUUCCCUUCCCGGUCUUGUCUUCCUUCUCCGCUCGUUUCAUCCAUAAACCUUAUCCCACGCCUAAAGCCCUUAUCUUCUGCGUCUUCUCCACUAAUCUCACCUCCGCCACCGUUCCGUACGGCCCGUCUCUCCUGAAAGGGAAGAAGCCUUUGCUGAAGGACCUCAGAUUGACUUCAAUCGGCCGAGACAGGGAUGCUCGUCGAGGCAAAAUUGGAGAUUCCGAGGAAUCAAUCGAGAAAGGUGUUCUUUUAGACGAAGACGAAUUCACUAGGAUUUUCGAGAUUUCGGCGGUUCGAGUCCCGGCGAAGGACUGUUUCGCUCUCGAGAAUCGUCUCCGUGGUCAUCUCCUCAAUUGGCCUAGAAUACGGAACAUUGCUAGGGUUCCCGGAGACGAAAUCGACGAAGAUAUGGUGAAGCUAUUGGGCCGUGAGACUGAAGAGGAAGAAGGAGAAGAUGAGGAAGAAGAUGAUAGUGUUGUGGAUUCGGUUAAUCGGAGGAUAAGAGGGAGAGCAGAAAGGGACGGGGAGAGACUGAGUCCAGUGUUGCACAGAGAUCAACUCGCCAGGACAUUUAACUCUACUGGGUAUCUCAAAUUCAGGAACUUGGCCAAAAUCUCUCGGCCAAAGAGGAAGCGGAAGGCGGAGAAAGUGAAGGGGAAGGAAAAGGCAACUGAGAAAGAAAGAGGAAGCAGACGCAACGAGUUCGCGGUGGUGGAAGUGGUGGAAGAUCGAGGAGGAGCGGAGGAUUUUGAAGGGUUACUCGGAGAAGGCUAUGGUAGCAGAAGAAGAUGGAGAGGUUCAACAAGAUUGUUGCUUUUGGAUGAGAGAUAUUCUGGUGAGGAAGUUCAAGAGUUGCCUGAGGCUAUCAAGGUUCUGUUCGCAGAAGCUAAAAAGACCAAUGAAAGCUUAAGUUUCGAGCUGGUAAAAUGCAGACUGACUUUGUUCUAUGAUUAUUGGCCAAUGAAUGAGGUGUUGGAAGCUUUACUACCGAAAGGUAUGAUUGUGCCAUCAGCAUUUGAGAUGGUUGGACAUAUUGCGCAUUUGAACCUAAGAGACGAACAUUUACCGUACAAGAGGCUCAUAGCUAAGGUAGUUUUGGACAAGAAUCAGCCAAAGAUACAAACCGUUGUGAAUAAGAUUGAUGCUAUUCACAAUGACUUCAGAACAAUGCAGCUAGAGGUUUUGGCCGGAAACCAUUCCCUGGUGACCCUGGUUGUUGAAAAUGGACUGCGCUUUCAUGUUGAUUUAGCUAGAGUAUAUUGGAAUUCAAAACUUGGGACAGAGAGACAGAGGCUUCUGCUUGGGUUCGACCACAAUGACGUUGUCUGUGAUGUUUUCGCUGGAGUGGGUCCAAUCGCACUUGCGGCAGCAAGAAUUGUAAAACGUGUAUACGCCAAUGACCUGAACCCUCACGCAGUAGAAUUCAUGGAGCAAAACAGUGUUGUCAAUAAGCUCGAGAAGAGAAUCGAGGUAUUUAACAUGGACGGAAGAAGAUUCAUAAAGGCUAUGUUUUCAAGCGACAAGGGUCAAAAAGUCACCCAAGUAGUCAUGAAUCUACCAAAAGAUGCUGCUGAAUGUCUAGAUGCAUUUCGCGGAGUAUACAACGAUAGGCAGAGAGAUGAAGGCUUAUCUUUCCCAACCAUCCAUGUCUACGGAUUCUCCAAGGCUCCUGAUCCAGAAUUCGACUUCCAUGAGCGGAUACGGAUUGCUCUAUCUGAGGUGGCCGUGGACGUCAAAAUGCGGAAGGUACGCCUUGUGGCUCCUGGAAAAUGGAUGCUAUGUGCUUCCUUCAUACUUCCCAAGAGUGUAGCCUUCUCAAGAAGAAAUAUAAUAAUUAUG